GAAAGCAGCAGCAGCAGCAGCUAGCUACCUUGUGCAGUCCCAUAAUGAUGUGGCCUAUUUCACUGGAACAGCUUGGCAACUGGCUAUCUCUCUAGCAAGUAGGAGUGACCAUUUGUCAUGUAUAAUCAAUUUGGUGGAGUAAGAAAAGUAUAUCGAUCGAGUAAUCUACGAUGACAACAAGACUGUAUCGUGGAAACCAUGAAAAGAACUAGAAGUGUUGAUGCGUCUUCACCUUUGAAUGGGAUUGGAAAACAAGAUGGGGACUCCCGGAGGAAGAGGAAGGUGGCGGAGAUCUCUCAGGCCCUGAACUUGACGCCGGUGGACGUGGCGCUGCUAAGGAGGAUGGCCAUCAGCGAGGGGGGGCUGCUUACAGACGAUAUCCGCUGUAAAGUGUGGCCCUGGCUGCUCAACGUGCCCACCGCCACCCUGCCUGAGAAACCAGAGGAAGUAGAGAGGCAGAAUCAUAAGGACUAUAACCAGGUGCUGUUGGAUGUCCAGCGUUCCCUUAAAAGAUUCCCUCCUGGCAUGCCAGACGAGCAGCGUGAGGGCCUCCAGGAGAAGCUGAUUGAUAUCAUCCUGCGGGUGCUGGGGAGGAACACCCAGCUGCACUACUACCAGGGCUACCAUGACAUCGUGGUCACCUUCCUGCUGGUGCUAGACGAGCGUCUGGCCACCGCUCUGGUGGAGAAACUCUCUACGCACCACCUCAGGGACUUUAUGGACCCCACCAUGGACAACACUAAACACAUCCUUAACUAUCUGAUGCCAAUCAUCGAGAGGAUCAACCCAGAGGUGCAUGACUUCAUGCAGCAGGCGGAGGUGGGCACCAUCUUCGCCCUUAGCUGGCUCAUCACCUGGUUUGGCCACGUCCUGUCAGAUUUCCGCCACGUCGUGCGGUUGUAUGACUUCUUCUUGGCCUGCCAUCCUCUGAUGCCAAUCUACUUUGCUGCUGUGAUUGUGCUGUACCGGGAGGAGGAGGUGUUGGACUGUGAGUGUGACAUGGCGUCGGUCCACCACCUCCUGUCCCAGAUCCCCCAGGACCUGCCCUACGAGACACUCAUCAGCCGCGCAGGAGACCUCUUUGUACAGUUCCCCCCCUCCGAGCUGGCCAGGGAGGCUGCCCAGCAGUACAGUCAACAGACAGCAGCCUCCACCUUUAAAGACUUUGAUCUGGCCUCAGAGCAGCAGCGGCCCGACUCAGUGCUGCGAAGGCGGCGGAGGGAGAAGCAGGCGCUGGAAGGAGCGGCUGCAGGGGCCAUGGUGGCGACGGCCCAACCCACCGCGGCCCGACGCUUCGUCCGACUGGCCGUCAUGGGGCUCACUGUGGCCCUGGGGGCAGCUGCCCUCACCCUGGUCAACACAGCCCUGGAGUGGGCGCCCAAACUGGACCUGCAUCUCUUCCCCUGAGCGAGAGGGGGGACUUAGAGGGGAGAAGAGGGGGCUGACGUACAGACUUAAACUGGGCGGCUAUUACAGCAGAAGCCGUCCAUGAGAGGGAGAGAAAAUAGAGAUCUUUGUGAAGAGAAUAUGGAGUUCUGUUCCACCCUAUUAUGAAGGAUGAUAAUGGAACAGAGACUUGACUGUUGACUUUGUCUUUAAUUUAUAUUUGUAAAUAAAAUAACUGGAUAGUGAUAAAUGUUGUGCUCAGAGGGAUUAAGCUAUUUAUGUGAUGGCAAGCGGCAACUAGUAUCGAAGGCUUUGGGUUACUAGGUUGAAGAGUAGUCACUGGGCUCAAACUGAUGCCAAUGAAGAGCGUGUGUGUGUGUGUGUGUGUGUGGUUGUGUCCGAGAUGGCACCCUAGUCCCUAUGUAGUGCACUGAAUAGGGUGCCAUUUCAGAUGCAGCCCUUGUGUGGGUUUGUACCUGUGUCUCUGUGUGUGUGCGUGUCCGUGCUAUCAGGUUCAGGGGUGAGUUAAAUGUCCCUCUGAGCCUCACAUGGGCCAUGUUGGCACAAGGACAGUUCCCCUAGCCUGGUUCUUUCCCCCCGGCAGAUCAAGUCAAAUCCUCUGCCCUCAAAACACAUAAUGACCCUCUUCCUUUAAUUACUGUACCAAGACCAAAUACACAACUAAGUCCAGUCUUUGUAUGUUUAGCACUUAAUUUGAUCAUUUUCUAAAGCAUCAUUAUUAUUAAAGUUGUAGGAAAUAUAAUUUUUGUACAAACACACCACCCAUAUUUAACAUCAAAUUAAAAAUGAAGGAAUCCAUUUUGGUAUUCGGACCUUAUGGAUGACAAUUUGCAUUAAUUAUUUUCCACAGCAUGCCUAAAAUAGGUGAGUAAUAGGUUAGCUUUGAUGUUGGACAAAGCACCAAUGGCACUCCCAAACAUCCCAUAAGCCCUGGCUGGAUCCCAUGCUUUUAUUGCACAAUAAUGAAAUCCUAUUAAGUUAUUUCCACAGGUCUUCACAUUUCAACAGAACUCAUUAUACUCACCAAAUUGCUUGGUUGUAGAAAUGACAAGGUUUUUGCACAUUUCAUAUUUAGCAAUGCCACUUGAGCUUAUUGACUACAGUUGACAGAAUUUGAAAAAUGUAAUGCAUUGGACCUGCUCAUAUUUGUUCAAUAGAAUUACAUGCGUGUAGUCGACUUGAUUGCGACACACAGAUACUCAGCGGUGCCUAUUUUGAAUACCAAACAAUACAACUCCAUCAGUCUUAUUUGCAAUAGAUGGUUUUCGUUGCACUGAAAUAGCCUCAUUCUGUAUCGUUGCACUAAAUGGUUUUUAUUUGCCUUUUUUGUUUUCUGUUAUUUGUCAUGAGAACAAUGCAAAGAUUUACAAGAUCAAAGUAAAUAAACUGCAUAGGUUGAGUGGACAAUUGUAUCUGUUUAGUUCCCUAUGUAUUUAUUGCUACCUUAUACAGUAUUUUUUUAGGGUCAAUGCAGCAGUAAAAAAAAAAGAAGGAAAUGUUCAUACACCAGAGUCUAUUUACAGUUUAUACAGUCUGUUUACACUAAGGGCUAAAAAUGAAUCUUCAAGCAGUAAAAGUAGAAAAUCCCUUUUCUGGAUCAUUCAUCAUGAAAAGUUGUUCUUUAUUCCCAAAGUAAAUAAUGCUUUACAUUCAUCAAACAACAUUUUAUUGUAGACAUUCAUUGUGCCCUACAAUGGUAUCAUCCUUUAAAAAAAGUAGCUAAUGAACUACUUACAUUAUACUGCAGUGUUAAAAACAAGAAAUUGGCUAUGCUGAACAGAUUGGCUAGUUGUAGUCAUCAAUGACAAAAAUGUAUGGCUUCUGCUUGGAGUGUUCAAACAAAUACUUCCAAUAUAUGGCUGGAGGAACAGCCAAUCCAUACUACAGAAGAAAUUUGAUUGUUCAUUACC